GGGCGGGGAGCGGAGCCGGAGAUCUAAAACAGCGCGGGCUGGUCCUAGCGAGGCCAACCGCAGACAAGCGCGACUAUGGCCUGCGGGCGGGCAGAUACGCGCAGACAGACGGGCGGACGGACGACAACCGGGCAGUGGAUGGAGAGCUAAAGCGCGUAACCGCGGAUAAGUGAGCGGGCCGCGCGGAAACCGGCCUUGGCAGGGCGAGGCGGCGCAGGCCUUUAAGCCCAGCCCUCGGGGAGGCAGACGCGGGCGGAUCACUGUGCAUUCAAGGCCAGCCUGUCUACAAAGCAGGUCCUGGGCAGCUAGGGUUACGCAAAGAAACCCUGUCUCAAAAAAAAGGAGAUAAAAAACAAAAAACAAAAAAAAACGGGCUUUGAUCCGGCGCAUGCGCACAAUGCGCACACACAACUCCUGCUCCCGCUCUGCCUCUGUCACCACCGUGACUCGGCUGAUCCGGCUUCGUAGGCUGCUGGUGGGAAAAACAGCCGGGCCGCGGGGCGCCAGUUUCUCAUCGCUGUUCAGGAGGCGACGUUAAAAAGCAGAACAAGUUAGCAGUGGGCGAGGUUUCAAGCCACAGUGCGGGAAAGACAUUAUCGCGAGACCGGGGAAGGGUUCUGCACGCUGCGCAGAUGGCUACACCAGCAGAGGCCGAGUCUCCUAAGAAGCUCAGCCACAAAAAAUACAGGGCACUCCUGAAGAAGGAGAAGCGCAAGAAGCGCAGGCAGGACGUGGCCCGGCUGAGGGAUCUGGAAGCCGCAGCCACGGGGGACGACGGUUCUUCUGAGGAACAGCCUGCAGAGACACUGGAGAAGGAGCGGCAGAAACUACACGAGGAGUGGCUGCUCAGGGAGGAGAAGGCUCAGGAAGAGUUCAGAGUAAAGAAGCAAAGAGAGGAGGCCGCUAGGAGACAGCAGGAGGAACAGGAGAGACAGAUAAAGGACGAAUGGGAAGAACAACAGAAAAAACAGAGAGAAGAGGAGGCGCAGAGGCUACAAGAGAAGAGAGAGAGAGAGGAAGCGGUGCAGAAAAUGCUGGACCAGGCUGAAAACGACGGCACUUGGCAGAAUCCAGAGCCGCCGAGGGACCUGAGACCGGAGAGGUACCGCGCCAGCUGCCCCUUCUACAGGAAAACGGGGGCGUGCAGGUUCGGCAGCAGGUGUUCACGGAAGCACGACUUCCCCGCGUCCAGCCCCACCCUUCUGGUGAAGAGUAUGUUCACGACGUUCGGGAUGGAGCAGUGCAGGAGGGAUGACUAUGACUCCGACGCAAACCUGGAGUACAGCGAGGAGGAGACCUACCAGCAGUUCCUGGACUUCUACCAUGACGUGCUGCCCGAGUUCAAGAGCGUGGGGAAGGUGGUUCAGUUCAAGGUGAGCUGCAACCUGGAACCGCAUCUGCGGGGCAAUGUGUACAUCCAGUACCAGUCGGAAGAAGAAUGCCAAGCUGCGCUCUCUCUCUUUAAUGGAAGAUGGUAUGCAGGCCGGCAGCUCCAGUGUGAAUUCUGUCCAGUGACCCGGUGGAAAGUUGCAAUUUGUGGUUUAUUCGAAAUGCAAAAGUGUCCAAAAGGAAAGCACUGCAACUUUCUUCAUGUGUUCAGAGAUCCCAACAAUGAGUUUAGAGAAGCUAACAGAGACAUCUACCUGUCUCCAGCCUGGACUGGUUCCUCCGGUAAAAACUCCGACAGGAGGGAGAGGAAGGACCACCAUGAAGAAUACUGUGGCAAGCCAAGCUGCCGCCACUCCGGACCGCACCACUCCUCCAAGAGAAACAGGGAGCCCGAGAGGAAGAGCCCGCACCGGUGGAAGAGGUCUCACAACCAGGGGGCAAAGGGUCAUGAGAGGCACAGUUCAAGGCGAGGAAGAGAAGACGACAACAGUCCCGGCCCACAAAGCCAGAGCCACCGAACCUGAGCCAGGCUGAGGCAUGAGACUCUGAGACCAGGGUUGGCAGCAGCAAGAUGCCGUUACAGAGUAAAACCUAAUGCAGAUACCCCAAGAUAUUCCAAACAAAGCUGAUUACAAAGGAAAGGCGGAUGACUCAAUCUAGUUGCCAAACAAAUUGAAAAUCUUGUGGCUUUAACAGGGACAGAACCAGGUAUUCAUUAUCUCUUAGUCCUUUACUGUUACAAUUCUUGGUAUCAUGUUAUUGAUGUUAUUUUCCAUACAGUUUAAACUAGCUUUCAUAUGUUGAGUUUUCAUGUAAUAACCAAGAUUACUUUAAAUGGUGAUGUCUUAUUAUAUUUACAAAUAUACUUAUUAACAUCA